CCCAGCCAGAGCGCAGGGCCUGGGCCGGCCGGGGGCGCUUCCUCCCCGCCGCCCUCAAGCCACCAUGUCCGACCCGGCGGUCAACGCGCAGCUGGACGGGAUUAUUUCGGACUUCGAAGCCUUGAAAAGAUCUUUUGAGGUCGAGGAGGUCGAGACGCCCAAUUCCACUCCGCCCCGGAGGGUCCAGACUCCCCUGCUCCGGGCCACCGUGGCCAGCUCCACCCAGAAAUUCCAGGACCUGGGCGUGAGGAACUCGGAGCCCGGAGCCCGCCAUGGAGACUCCCUGAGCCAGCGCUCGCCCAAGGCGUCCCUGCGCAGGGUGGAGCUGUCGGGGCCCAAGGCGGCCGAGCCCGUGUCCCGGCGCACGGAGCUCUCCAUUGACAUCUCGUCUAAGCAGGUGGAGAACUCCAGCGCUGCCGCCGGGCCGGCCCGGUUCGGGCUCAAGCGGGCCGAAGCGCUGGGCCACAAGACGCCGGAGCCCGCCCCGCGGAGAACGGAGAUCACCAUCGGGAAGCCCCAGGAGGCCGCUCACCGCAGGAUGGAGCCCCCGGCCUCCAAGGUCCCCGAGGUGCCCACGACCGACGCAGCCCCCAGGAGGGUGGAGAUCCAGGUGCCCAAGCCGGCUGAGGCGCCCGCGUCCCCUGUCCCGCCCCAGAUGCUGGAGAAUUCGGAGCCCGCCCCCGGGGCCCCGCUGCAGAGCAGGCUGGAGCCCAAGCCCCAGCCGGCGGCUGAGGCCCCGCCCCGGAACCAGGAAGCCACCGAGGCGGCUCCCGGCUGCACUGGCGACAUGGCCGACACCCCCAGAGAUGCCGGGUUCAAGCAGGCGCCCGCGCCGCGGAGCGAGAAGGCCCCCGUGGACUUCGGCUACGUGGGCAUCGACUCCAUCCUGGAGCAGAUGCGCAGAAAGGCCAUGAGGCAGGGCUUCGAGUUCAACAUCAUGGUCGUCGGGCAGAGCGGCUUGGGCAAGUCCACCUUAAUCAACACGCUCUUCAAGUCCAAGAUCAGCCGGAAGUCGGUGCAGCCGGCCGUGGAGGAGCGCAUCCCCAAGACGGUGGAGAUCAAGUCCAUCACUCACGAUAUCGAGGAGAAGGGCGUCCGGAUGAAGCUGACGGUGAUUGACACGCCGGGCUUUGGGGACCACAUCAACAACGAGAACUGCUGGCAGCCCAUCAUGAAGUUCAUUAACGACCAGUACGAGAAGUACCUGCAGGAGGAGGUGAACAUCAACCGGAAGAAGCGUAUCCCGGACACGCGUGUGCACUGCUGCCUCUACUUCAUCCCCGCCACCGGCCACUCUCUCAGGCCACUGGACAUCGAGUUCAUGAAGCGGCUGAGCAAGGUGGUCAACAUCGUCCCCGUCAUCGCCAAGGCCGACACGCUGACCCUGGAGGAGAGGGUCUACUUCAAGCAGCGGAUCACCGCGGACCUGCUGUCCAACGGCAUUGACGUGUACCCCCAAAAGGAGUUCGACGAGGACGCGGAGGACCGGCUGGUGAACGAGAAGUUCCGGGAGAUGAUCCCGUUUGCCGUGGUGGGCAGUGACCACGAGUACCAGGUCAACGGCAAGAGGAUCCUCGGAAGGAAGACCAAGUGGGGCACCAUCGAAGUGGAAAACACCACACACUGUGAGUUUGCCUACCUGCGGGACCUCCUCAUCAGGACGCACAUGCAGAACAUCAAAGACAUCACAAGCAGCAUCCACUUCGAGGCCUACCGCGUGAGGCGGCUCAGCGAAAGCCACGGCGCCGUGGCCAACGGCAUGGCGGAGAAGGAGCCGGAAGCCCAGGAGAUGUAGACGCCUGCCCUGUCCCGGACCCUCGCCCCGCGUCGCCCCCCCACCCGGCCGGCCCACUUUAUUUUAUAUCAUUUUCUCCACUCUCCCCUAUGUGCUGCCCGCCCACGCCACAAGAGGGCGCCCUCCUAUGUGUGCUCGCAGACUUCAGGUGUGGGCGGGCCCAGAUCCCCCCAACCCCAACCCGCCCGCAGCCCCAGGAGGGGAGGGCCCCAGGCCCAGCCCCCGGGGGGCAGCACCUGCCCUCACCGAGCCUGCCCGUCCAGGGCUAGCCUCCAUGUGUGGGCUCCGGGCCCUUUCCUGCACAGGUGCCCACUGGGCCUUGUGCCCCAGCCUCGGGGCAGGUCGGGGCUGUGCCCAGGGGAGGAUGGAGCCCCUCCCACCCCUCCCUGCCUGCACAGCGUAGCUGCCAGAGGCGCAGACACGCGAGUCCGUCCUAAAGCAGAAAGUGCCUUGACCGUAGCCGUCCCCACCUCCCAGAGACCCCAGCAGCCCGCGAGAGGGAGGCGGCAGCUUCCUCUCCCCGCUCCCUACCCCGUGUCCUGCCUCCCAUGGGCUGCGGGGGUAGCUGGUGCACCCGGACCUAAUUGAGGACAAAAGAGAGGGGGAGAUGCUGCCCACGCCUGAUUUUUAGCAAGUGAAUAUGGUGGGGUAGCAGAGGGGCGGAGCCCAGCAGGUGCCUGGGGAAGGGGGGGCAGGGCGUGGCUCGGGGUGAUUGGAGGGGCCCCAGCCACCCGGGCACCCGGCGACCUGCCUGUGUCCGUCUUGUCUGUUCUUGGUUUGGCCCAAGGUGUUCGGGUCGCAUUAUCGCCCGGUUGACCACCCCACUUAUCCCCCACGGCCCUGUUUGUUCUCCUGCUUGGGCCCCUGCACCCCAGAGCCCAUCAGAGACCCCCCCCCACCCCAGAGAGAGGCAGGAAGGCCCGGUGCAGACCUGGGCUGGGGGGCGAGGGCCCCCUCCGCCUCUGUCCCUGCCGGGAGGCCAGCAGGGCCCGUCCUUCCCUUGCACAGCCGACCAAAGCUGCCCCGUCCCCACCUCCUGUUCCUGUCUCGUGCCUGGCGGGGAGGGAGGGUCCGAUGGGGUCUGACCCAGGUGCACCUGUCCCCGGCCGCCGCACCGGCAUCCUAGCGCCGGCGAGAGGGCCAGGCUGCAGCCAGACGCGGCAGGGGCAGGUGCACGUGUGUGGGGAGCUCAUUGCCCUGAGCAGCUUGGGGAAGGACCCCCUCGCCAAACCCCCCAACGGAGCAGUUUACUUGCCAACUUGCCAAGACUUUGCCAAAACCAAGAUCCUGCAGGCCACGUGCAGCCCCGGCGUCGGUGUGGCCCCAGGGUCCGCAGCACCCGGGGCUCGGGAUGGCUUCGCUUUCCUGCCCUGUAACCAGAAUUUGGGAAAUUGCGUCCGUCAGGCUGUGUCCCACGGUGGCCUUCCGCUCUGUGCCUCCUGAGAAUUCCGUCUCUUUUUGUAUAAAUAACGAAGUGUUGAAAUCGUAUUUCCUGAAAUAAAUGUUUCAAAUGCAAAGGC